UUAUCAAAAAUUUAUAAUUUGCUAUUCUUUUCUACAAUGUAUUCGUGGUCAUAUUACAUAAAUUUUUUACAAUCAUUAACCCAAACCUAUAUGAGACAAAAUCCUUAUUACGUUCUUAAUUAUAUCUUUUUAUGUUAUGUGCAAUUUAAAUUUGAAAGGUUAAUGAGAAAAAAGAUACAUUGUUUUACUUUAUCGGAUAAAACUUUGAAUCGUUUGGUAAAUAAGGAAAUUGAACGUGUGAAUGAUUAUAUUGAUCCUUAUACUUGUAUACUAGCAAAUAUAAAUGAGAUUAAUAUAACAAUACCAAGUUGGUUUUAUCUAUGCUGCAAAUCAUCAUUUAAAAAAUAUAAGAUAAUAGUUAUACCUUUCGAAGACACUGAACAGAAUGCAAUAUAUGUUUCUGAAACUAUGCGAUAUAAUUUAGAGAUUGUGUUUCAUUGCAUAGAUUUGGAUGACAAACUUUUCCUUAUUCCCGCAACAGAUAAUAUUGUUAAUUUUGCGACGGAAGUUAAAGUAUCGUUAAUCUUUAAUCCCUAUGACUCUCCAAUAAAUUUAACAGAUGCAUUAUUAAAAAACUACUUUUCUGAACCACGCUUUUUAAGAUGGAAUGAUGUAUUUAGCAUUGAUGUAAAGGAAUAUGCAAACGAUCGUAUAUAUACCGUAGCUCAAAUAGCAACUACACUAUAUUUUAAGGUCAUAGUUCAAAAAUUGAAUGGUAAUCUAACUAGCAAAGGUUGUUUUAUUGUACAAGGAGAAACAGCACUUAUACAAGAAAAUAAUAUACACAGUUAUCUUCCUUGUAAAAAAAGCUACUUGCUUCCAGAAGAAUUAAUUUUACGAUUAACUUGUAAAAAUUCAGAUAAUAAUUAUUACGUUAAAUCUUAUCCACCAGUGUUAGUAGAAUUUUCUAACUCUUUAAAAGACUGUAUUAAACCGUUUAUGAAAUCUGAUAUCCAAUUACAUAUAAAACCUGUAUUUCUUCUAAUUGGGCCAUCAGGCUCUGCAAUUCAUGAGAUAGUACAAAUUACUUCGGAAACAAUGGGUUUACAUUUACUUAAUAUAGAUUUUGCAGAAGUUCAAACUUUAACAUCAGCACAAACUGAGGCAAAAUUACGUAUUUUGAUACAUAAUGCUAACAAAUCUGCACCAUGUAUACUUUGCUUGAAUAAUAUUCAGGUUUUCGGUAAAACAUUUGAAGGGCAGAAAGAUGAAAGAACUAUAUCUGCUUUUGCAAAAGAAAUAAACGAUCUUUAUAGCAAGACUCUAAAUUAUCCUGUUAUAAUAAUAGCUACUUCAGAUGGGUCUGAGAUUCCUGGAGAGUUACAUAGAAUAUUUACAGAAACAAUUAACUUGGAAAGUUUAGAUCGUCAAAAGCGAAUGGAUAUCAUAAAAUGGCGGUUAGCGUGUCAAAGAAUAAAUUAUGAUGCAGAUUUAUUAAACAUAGCAGAAUUAUGUUCUGAUUUUCAAUACAAAGAUUUAAUAACUUUGACAUUGCAUACUAUAAAAAUAUAUUGCAAAAGAACAAAGCAAUAUUCUGAACAUUCCAUAACACUAACAAAGGAUGACUUUGUUAAAGCUUAUGAAUAUAUUCAAUCAAUAAAUAUGGAUAGCAAAGGAAUGCCACGUGUACCAAAAGUGUACUGGAAUGAUGUUGGUGGCUUAGAAAAUUUAAAACAUGAAAUCACUCGUAGAAUUCGUUUACCCAUGUUAAACAGUUUUGGUUUUGGACAAUCUGGCUUACUUUUAUAUGGUCCACCUGGAACAGGAAAAACUCUUCUCGCUAAGGCAGUUGCAACUGAAUAUCAGCUUCACUUUUUAUCGAUUAAAGGUCCUGAAGUUUUAAAUAUGUACGUUGGACAAAGUGAAGAAAAUAUUAGACAAGUAUUUGAAAGAGCGCGCUCUGCAGCACCAUGCAUCAUUUUUUUUGACGAGUUAGAUUCGCUGGCUCCUAAUCGUGGCAGAAGUGGAGAUAGCGGCGGCGUUAUGGAUCGCGUUGUUUCUCAGUUAUUAGCAGAAAUGGAUGGUCUUGAAAAAGCAAGCAAUAUUUUUAUUAUAGGUGCAACAAAUAGGCCAGAUUUAAUCGAUCCAGCUUUACUUCGACCUGGUAGAUUUGACAAAUUGUUAUAUGUAGGAAUUCAUUCAAGUUUUGUUUCCAAACUUAAUGUUUUAGAAGCAUUAACACGCAAGUUUAAAUUUUUAAAUCAUGGAAAAGAGUUGAAACAACUUAUAGUGGAUUUACCUGUUAAUCUUACUGGUGCUGAUUUAUAUUCUAUUUGUUCCAAUGCUUGGCUCAAUGCUGCUCGUAGAAUUCUUAAUACUAUCAAUAAUAUGCAGGAUAAUUUAGCUAAAGAAAAAUAUCUUACACAUUUUUCUGAAGAAUUUAGUCAUGUAACUGUCGAACUAUUAGAUUUUAAGGAAGCAAUAAAUAAUUGGAGUCCAUCAAUCAGUAAAGAAGAAAUGCAAAGGUAUGAAAAAAUGCAAAAAGAAUUUUCUUCUAGACAAAUACUAACUGUCAAUAUGUAAAGAUUGAUUUUGUACAUAUGUAUUUGUUUUUUUUUUUACAAUGAAAACAAUCGACACAUUUCGCUAUAUUGUCUAUUUAAUAUUCUAACACAAGAUUGUGUACUCUAAUAAAUUCUACAAAUAGAUAGUACAUGAUCUUAUAUAAACGGUAUGCUAUUUUAUUUCAAGAAAUAUGUAAAACAAUUUAUACACAGUAAAUAAUGGAAUCAAGGAAAAGUAUCUACAUUCUAUACUAAAUAUUGCACCAAUCGAUUAUCCUUAUCCUAGUGCGUGACAAGAGAAAAGGAAUAAUCGAAAAAUUAUUUUCUUUUGGAUCAUAAAAUUUUCUACUUCGCUGAUACGAUAUACAUGAUACAGCGUGAUAAAUAUACAAUAUAGAAAAAUAGGGCAGCUAAACUUACCAAGUCUAUCUAUAAGGACGUAUAUAAUUUAAAGACUGGGAUCGCGCGAAUUUGUUUCCAAAACAUUCAAUAUUUUAAUGCGAUAUGUAAUAGAUGAAGUUUUUUUUUUUUUUUUUUUUAAAGAUUGCUUUGAAAUAUUAUCUACUUUUAAAAAACUAAAUAUGUCCAGAUAAACGAAUACAUAUAAACGUUGCGUAUCAACUUAUGUUUCUCUCUUCAAAAAUUGCACACGGAGAAUUAGAUUUUGUUUAAUAAAUAAUAUCCGAUAAGUUGCGUGUCCAUUCAUAUUAAAUACAUUUCACGAUGUAAUUCUUUGGUAUGAUCGCGAGGUAGAUUUUUAUGGCGUAAAAGGGGAUGUAUAAGAGUGGAACACAACUUUCCUUUGAUGCAAAUGAUUUUCUUUCUCUUUUCCGUUUAGUUUUAUAGUAAAAGCACUUUUUGUAUCCUAGUAUUCAUAGAAACUUGGUUGAAGAAAGCGCAUGCUAAUUUAUACAUAUUGUGCUAUUACUUAUAAUUUAAAGCGACAAUUUUUUUCUUUCUAUUUUUUUUUCUUUUUUUUUCCUUUUUUUUUUUUUUUUUUUUUUAAUAUGUAACUGGUACAUGAUCAAUGUAUGAAUGUAGAAUGAUGUAGGACAAGCUCUAAUUACAGAGAUAUUUUUCCGUGCCUACAACAUUCAAAUGUGUAUCACAUUGAAAUAAAAAUUUGUUAAUUCAAA